CUGGAGGAAAAGUAGACUACUGGUUUUCGAAGUCUUCGUUUUGGCACUCAAUUCUUGUCGUCCCUCCAAAUUCCAAGCUUUGGGGAAAAAAAACUUCACGAACCAACCACAGGGACAGCAGCGAGAGGGUUAGGGUUAGGGUUUUGUUUGGAAUCCAUAAAGCAGUUUGAAGAGGCAGAGAAUGGCGAGGUACAGAAGCCGGAGUAGAAGCUAUAGCCCUCGUCACCGAAGCAGAACCCCGCCACGUGGACGCAAGCGAUACGAUGACGAACAACCUCGCGAUCGUUACCGUGACAGCAGGUCUCACAGGGACCGUCGCUCACCUGCUCCUUCUGGCUUGCUCGUUCGCAAUCUCCCUCUGGAUGCUAGGCCUGAAGAUCUUAGGAUUCCAUUUGAACGGUAUGGUCCUGUGAAGGAUGUUUAUCUACCAAAGAAUUACUACACUGGGGAACCAAGGGGCUUUGGGUUUGUGAAAUAUCGAUAUGCUGAAGAUGCUUCUGAAGCAAAACAACAUCUAAACCAUACUGUUAUCGGUGGGCGUGAGAUAAGAAUCGUGUUUGCUGAGGAGAACAGGAAAACUCCUCAAGAAAUGCGUUCAACUUCUCGCAUAAGUAGUCGGUAUGGUGGAAGCUCCAGGAGGAGAACUUCACCGAGGUCCCCAAGACGCCGAUAUCAUUCUUACUCACGGUCACCUUCACCUGCUAGGCGUGAUUCAAGGGACCGGAGGGCUAGGGAUGAUUAUAGGUCUCCUGUUCGCUCCAGAUCAACUUCACGUUCCCCUCCACAUGUUGAGAGAGACUACAGGAGGUCACCAAGUCCAAGAGAGAAUGGUAGGAGCCCCUCUGAUGAGAGGGAGUAUGCGCCCAGCAGGUCAAGGAGUCCAAGGGGUAAGAGUCACAGUCCUUCUAGGUCUCGGUCGCGAUCAUACAGUCCUUGCUGAUGUUUGCUCAACAUGUUGCUGUUGCUGGUGCCAAUCUUGGUUCGGAUGCAGACUAUUAUCUUGGGCAUUUUAGCUGGAUAACGUAGUUGGUAUCUUAGUUAGGCAUGAAGCAAUUGGUAGUUAGUACUGUUAAUUACAUCCCUUUAUGUUUUAAGUUUAAUGGAUUUUAACUUUGGAAUUUUUACUAAGUUGGAAUGUAAGAUUUCAUGGAGUUUAUUAAUCAUUGUUGUUGACGA